CGUCGAUCGACUGCGAGGCUUGCGCAUGACGGCGCAGACCGCUGCCAACGCCAUGUACGGGUCGGCCAGCCUCACCCACUACGCAGACAUUGUGAGCCGCCACCCCGUGACGGGCGAGGAGAUCUUGCGCUUCCAUGAACCGUGGGGGGCCGAUCGCACCGAGUACCAGCCGACGACGAUCACGAUCCAGAAAAAGGACGGAGGCUCCGAGGACGAGUACGCAACCGAGCAAGCGUGGUGCUUUGAGACUCUGGUGCCGCUGCUCUACGACGCCACGUUUUGCUACUCCCACCAGUGGCGAAAAGGCGACUUCGUGCUCUCCGACAACUUUGUGCAGCUGCACAGCCGGACGCCCAUGGCCAAGGUGGGCCGCGAGAUCCAGCGCAUCCACAUCAAUUAA